CGUAAAAUUGUGCAAUAUAUAUUCAUAUAUAUUCGUAAAAAUAUAUUAAUAAUUAGAUAUUUAACCUUACAAGAAGUCAUGCUGCAGACACUAAUUAUCUUAGGAGGAUUUAUUUGUUCAUCAGUCAACUCACAAGGUCUACCUAUUGACUUUAUAAGGGAAAGAGCCGACAACUCUACAUACAUAGUUAAUGACAUUAUCGCUGACAAAACUAGUAGCGAGAGACUGCAGAUUGUCUGCCGAAUUAGUUCCAUUUCAAAUCUUGUAACUUUUCAAACCAUAAAUCUUAGUAAAAUAACAAGCAAUCACCGUGAACAAAUGUUGGCUACAAUGCAGGAUCUUUUGUCUGGAAAACCCGGAUAUCAAACCCCUUACCUUUAUCCUGGAAGUGGCAUCACUGGAAUUCAAGCUGUUGGGAGUUACAAUAGGACAAAUCCAACCAUUGGAAUAUCAAUACCAGUUUCAAGUCUGAGCUGUGACAUUAUGAUAUAUCGAUGUCAAUUGUCGUACGAGUACGAUAAUUGGCCAACUGAUCCCAUUGUUGAAACGCAAGCAAAUGGUUCACGAAAUCUCAAAGUUUCAGAUACAUCAGCUGGGAGGCUGCCGAAACAUAUUGAUUCUGGAAAAUUGGUUGCACUUAUAAUUGGAGUUUUCGGAUUCAUAGUUCUCGCAGCGGCUUUUGUGACUGUGUUAAUACGAAGGUGUUGGCUAAAUCAUCAAAGUCCUGAACAUCUGCUCGGAAACAACUAUACAUAUGACUUGGCUGAAUCACUUCUUUCAUUUGGUCUACGAGGAUCAAACAUGAGGUCUUACUCAGCUGUUCGUCCGACGCCCAUGGUUCCAUUCGGUCCACCUACGAGUAGGGACGUACAAGGUCACAACAGAAGAUAAAUUAAUCCGUUUAAAACAUCCAGACGCUUCGCCGUCUUCGAAUAUAACAAUUUGUAACAUUGUCCUGACAACGAUAUCAGUGAUGGAGAAGCAGACUUAGUAUUACUUGCGAUGAUUCCAUAAUUAUCUGCCGUUGUGUGUAGCUUUUUAAUGUGACAUUAUGAACUACUCACUCAAAUAUGACGUACUUUUCAGACGAAAAAAUGGUGUGAAUUAUUACAAAAUAUUUGUCAUUUUACACCGACCUUAAAUUUUAUUAUGUCCUAUACGAAACAAUACAUUAAAAUACCAAACAAAUACAGGAUCCUAUUUAUUUUAUCUUGAUAUAUACGUUUCGUAAACAAAUAAACAAAUCUUCACUCGUUAUUGAAUUAUUCAUUGGCGAUACAUAAGUUUGUCGUUCUUUGCUCUGUUUGACUGUUGGAGUAUAUG